AAACGGUUGGUGCGGGCGCAUUUGAAGCCCUCAAGAGGCGCCGGUCGCGACUUGAGUGCUGCAGUCGGCGCGAACCGUUUUCGCUGACGACCAAAAUGCAUGUGUUUUAACAUGCUUUCUCGGAGGCGGUCUUUCUGAAAGGCCUGCAGGUUGUACCUUGAGCAGCAAUAACUCGCUGACAUCGCCACCCCUUGCAUUGUACAGUCAUGGCUUCGGCUGGUGAAACAGACGGCGACGAUAAGUCCUCGCAGUUCAAGUUCCACAAGUCUGAAGGCAAGAAGCUUCUGAAGCAAGGGAAUGUCCAGGGAGCUCUACAGGCUUUCGAAAGAGCUGCCGAGCAUCAGGCCGAUGACCGCCUCCAGGCUAAGAUAGAGAAGAUGCGAGAGUUUUUGAAAAGUGAGCAAGCCCAAGAAGCUAGUGAUAGUGACAUGGUUGAAAUCGGCAAUGGUUUCUACCUGUGUCAAGCCAUCGAGCGAAGACUUUAUACUUACCAGAGGACCGGCUUGCUAUGGAUGUGGGACCUGUACCUCAAGAAACGUGGGGGUGUGCUUGGUGACGACAUGGGCUUAGGCAAAACUAUUCAAGUCAUCGCCUUCCUUUCAGGCAUGUUUGACAGUGAAAUGAUUAAGAGUGUCUUGAUCAUUAUGCCUGUAUCUCUAAUUGCCAACUGGAAGAAAGAAUUUGAAGGCUGGGCACCAGGCAUUGAUGUUUACGAGUACCACUCUGGGUCGAAAAAAGAAAGGGAGAGAAACCUGGCAAGGGUGCAGCGCCGUGGCGGCGUCCUCUUGACAAGCUAUGGCUUGGCACAAACAAGCCAUCAAGAAUUUUGUAACAGGAAUGGCGAACAAUUUGUUUGGUGUUACCUGAUUCUUGAUGAAGGCCACAAAAUCAAAAACCAAACUAAAACAACAAAAGCCAUCUACGAGAUUCCAGCUAAGCAGAGACUUGUACUUACAGGUACAGCUGUUCAGAACAAUCUCCAAGAGCUAUGGGCUCUAUUCAACUUUACACACCAAGGUGCACUUGUCGGCUCAUUGGCAACAUUUAAGCGCCAGUAUGAGACCCCUAUCAAUAGGGGACGUGAAAAGGAUGCCACCACAGGAGAGAAUCUUUUGGGCAAGGAGAUAGCGAGGCAGCUGCGUCGUUUGAUAAAGCCAUACUUUUUGCGGAGAACAAAGACAGAAACACCGAAAAAAAAAAAGAACAGUAAAGAUGACAAAGCCAAGCUAACCUUCUCUUCAAAGAAGAAUGACCUUGUGAUUUGGAUAUACCUGUCUAGUCUACAGAAGAAAAUAUAUCGAGAGUUUCUGGAGUCUGAUGAAGUAGCCAAUAUCCUCAUGACUAAGAAAUCUCCCCUUGUGCAGCUGACUGUGCUGAAAAAAAUUUGUGAUCAUCCAAGGCUUCUUUCAAAGCGAGCAUGUGUUCAAAUGGGAAUGUAUGACCACAUGACAAGAGAAGAAAUUGAAGAACUUCUCGAAAAGGAAGAAGGAAAGAAGAUUUCAAUUGAAGAUGUAACAGACAAUGUUCUCCUUGAAGAAUCUGGAAAGAUGACAUUUGUUUUGCAACUUCUGACAAUUCUCAAAGCUGAAGGUCACCGCACACUAUUUUUCUCGCAGUCAAGAAAGAUUUUGGAUAUUGUUAGUCGAAUUCUCACCAACAGGAGCUUCAGAGUUGCUCGUCUUGAUGGUACAAUCAACAAAAUGUGCGAGCGUGAUCGCAUAGUCUCGCAGUUUCAAGCCAAGGACAGUGCUGAUGUGUUUCUUCUUACCACUCAGGUUGGAGGUGUUGGGCUCACUUUGACUGCUGCUGACAGGGUCAUUAUCUACGAUCCUUCCUGGAACCCAGCAACAGAUGCUCAAGCUGUUGACCGUGCAUAUCGCAUAGGACAGCAAAAAAAUGUCGUGGUGUAUCGUUUGAUAACAUGCAGCACAGUUGAGGAGAAGAUUUAUCGGCGUCAGAUAUUCAAGGACUCUAUCAUAAAGCAAACGACUGGAAAGCAAAAUGACCCCAUGCGCUACUUCACAAAACAAGAGCUGAGGGAGCUUUUCAGUCUUGAAAACCCUAACUACUCUGGUACGCAGGUCCAGCUUUCUCAAAUGCACUCCUGGGACAAAAACUCGGACCCUGCUCUUAAUGAUCACAUUGCUCUUUUGCAAACAAAGAACAUCUUUGGUAUCAGUCAUCAUGACCUCAUGUUUUCUGAAGAAUCCCGGGAAGCUGCGAAAGAUGAAUUUGUGCCUGGAGAAAUAGAGCGUGUAAAGGAGCGUGCCAGGAUGGCUCAACAUCUGAUCACAGUAGAGAGUGAUAUGGCAUUAGACGAGAUUCAAAACAAGAAGUACUUUACUGUGCCAGUGAACAACGUCACGAAACUACGACCAGUAGAGCACCCAGCAUGGUUGCCCAAGCCAAAUGUGUUGCUUAGUGACAAUGAGGCCCUAGAUAAAGGUAUGUCAUCCAAGUGGAACAAGGCUUUGGUGGUGCCUGAUGAUGAUGACUAUAAUCUUGGUGAGAACAAGGCCCAAGAUGAAGGUAUGUCAUCUAAGUGGAACAAGGCUUUGGUGGUGCCUGAUGAUGAUGACGAUAAUCUUGGUGAGAACAAGGCCCAAGACGAAGGUAUGUCAUCCAAGUGGAACAAGGCUUUGGUGGUGCCUGAUGAUGAUCACAAUGAUCUUGGUGACAACAAGGCCCAAGAUGAAGGUAUGUCAUCCAAGUGGAACAAGGCUUUGGUGGUGCCCGAUGAUGACGAUGAUGUCCUUAUUGAUGGUGUCGACUCUCUUAAUAAGUCACUGGCUUGCAUGACAGUUCAGGCUUCUGAAAACAAAGUUAGCAUUUUAGUUAAUGACUCUGAGGAAGAGCUCUUUCCAUCUGGUGAAGAUCUGGACACAGAUGAGGACAUGAGGAUUAUUUUAGACACAGAUGAGGAGUUUUCAGAUGCUCCUGAAGAAGUGGACAGCAAUGAAAGUUUCAAGAUGAAUAAGCAAGCUCCUUUAAGUACAGCUGACGAGAGGGUUCUUGCGAAGACUGAUGGUCAGGUUGAAAAUAAUGCAGGGUGUGAUGUGCAAAUUGUGAAUGUGGAAGAGUCAAAUGUGGAACUGCUAGUCAAGGAUGAACAUCUAAUGGCAGAGGGUUCGUUUGAAGAACUGCAUGUGUCACCGAAUUUGAAGCUCUCAGUGCAGGACAAGCACAACACAAGAGAACAAAGAAAGUUGCCUUCUCUUUUAGGACUGGAGGAAGGCUUUCUCUCUCGCAAGGCAACUCAAGAUUGUUCCGACAAAGUUGCUCAAAAGUCGGCAUGUGAAGAGGUUAACAAGGACGCCAUUGGCCAGUCUUUGCACACUACUGAACAAGGAAAGAGGCCUGUAAAAAAGCGUUUGCUGCGUUCUCCUAAUCAGUCAUUAUUAUUCCAGACAGAGGCAAAACACUUGCAGCUUUCUCCCUCUGUCCUGCAGAAGGAAGGAAACGGUAACACUAGAGCUUCACCAAGAGGUCUCGGUGAGCUGCAGAAUAUUUUGCCUAGAACGGCAGCAAGCAGUCCUUCAUGUCCUGCAAGGGCAUCUUUCAGCCAGCCUAGGUUCCACAGUACGCCAUUGUCUACUCCUCCAAAGCGAAUCGCACCAUUUUUUGUAGGCUCGCCACUGCAAUUUUUGCCAUCACAAUGCCAAAAGAUGCCACCGAGUCCCUUUCAGGAGGCCCUUGCUAAGUCUGUAGAAUAUGCUGAAGUGGAUGUGACACCGCUGAAAGUGCAACAAGCUUCAGCCUCUCACUCAAGGCAAACAUCUGUUCAUGUGGUGUCGUCAUCGGAAAGUGAAGAGGAUGCCAGCAAGUCAAGUUCCGAUGAUGAAGUGGUGGUUCGCAGGCGCUUAACAAAAGCAUUCGUGAUCAUGGACAGUGAUGAAUCUCCUUGAAUACACUAAAAAUUUGCAGUUGCCUUUGCUGGCUUUAAGCUCCCCAUUUGCAAAAUGUGUAAAUACACAAAAUUGUUUCCUGCCAUGUUUCUGUCAAAUUAUGACCGUGCUUGUAGUAGCAGUGUUAAAAAAAAAAAGCACUGCAACUUGAGACACCUAUAUCACAAAUGCUUGUAAUGAACAUAUGUAUAGUCAGUACUGUUCCAAAAAUGUAGGUAGCUAAUUCCUUUGUGUAUUUUCUGUAACUGCUGUAAGAGGCAUUUUAUCAAAAGCGCCUGUCCCACAUUAGUCUCGUUCGUUCCUUGCUGGAAUGGAAAGAAAAUUAAUACAGCUAUAGACGAGGGGACCAGUAAAUGCUGCAGUUUUUCCCCCAAUUUGUUUCCUUGGUAUCUCAAUUAUUCAUUGUAUCAUAACCACUUUGCAUAAGCUAGAUAAGUAUUUUAUGUUGUGCAUAGUAUAUUUUACAUUUUUUCUUGUUUGUAUUUUAUGUAGUGACAAGUGUUAUGUAGCACUUGCAUAAAUGGUCACAUUUUAUAUUGCAUUUUAUUUAUAAAAGGUUGCAAGUUCUUUACUAUAAGGGAAGUCUGUUUAUGUUGCUUAAAGCUGCAUAAAAAGUGCAUAUUUGUUGUGUAGCUUUUUCUCUCUAGUUUCUUGACUUGUACUCAAGGACUCUGUAUUAAAAUAGAUUGCUCUAAGUGUUAUGCUUAGUCUCGUUAGAAGCAUUCCUUACUACAAAAAUGUGCUCGUCUGAUUUGGUUCUUCGUCUCCAUCUGUCUUAGUUUUAUUAGACACUCCAUGUCAAAAAUUUACGACACUAGAACUUGUUGGCUUACUACUUCAUUAUUUUGGCAGUAAUUAAAAAAAAUAUUGGCUCAAA